CGUGUGCUAGCGCGUGAGCCCGAGCGGCGGGCGCGGAGGCGGAGGCGGGGCCCGGGCGUGCAGCGCGGCCGGCGAAGCUGCUGCCUCCGGCCCUGCCCGGCUGCCUCCGCCGCGGCCGGCGGCUAUGGAGCAGGCGGGCACCAGACCUCGGCCGACAGGACGUCCCCGUCUUCGGCAGCCCCUGCCCUGGCUGCCGCUGCUGUCUUUCCUGCUGCUGCCGUGCCCGGCGGCCUUUCAGUUACGGUACUCGGUACCGGAGGAGCAGGCACCCGGCGCGCUCGUGGGCAACGUGGCGAGAGCACUGGGGCUGGAACUGCGGCGCUUGGGGCCAGGCUGCCUGCGCAUCCACCAUCUGGGUGCGCCCAGCCCUCGUUACUUGGAGCUGGACCUGACGAACGGAGCGCUCUUCGUCAAUGAGCGCAUUGAUCGAGAGGCGCUGUGCGAGCAACGGCCUCGCUGCCUACUUAGCUUGGAAUUGCUGGCGCACAACCCCGUGGCCGUGAGCGCCGUGGAGGUGGAAAUCCUGGACAUCAACGACAACUCACCGCGUUUCCCGCGGCCAGACUACCAGCUUCAGGUAAGCGAGUCGGUGGCGCCCGGAGCGCGCUUUCACAUAGAGAGCGCGCAGGACCCCGACGUGGGCACCAAUUCGGUGCAGACCUACGAACUCAGCCCCAGCGAACACUUCGAACUGGACCUUAAACCCCUGCAGGAGAACAGUAAAGUGCUGGAGCUGGUCCUGCGCAAGGGCCUAGACCGCGAGCAGGCGGCUUUGCAUCACCUGGUUCUCACAGCCGUGGACGGGGGCAGCCCGGCGCACUCCGGCACCGCUCAGAUCUCUGUGCAUGUCCUGGACACUAAUGACAACUCUCCUGCCUUUGACCAGUCCACUUAUCGCGUCCAGCUACGAGAGGACGCGCCCCCGGGCACCUUGGUGGUGAAGCUGAAUGCCUCAGACCCCGACGAGGGCUCCAAUGGGGAGCUCAGGUACUCCUUGAGCAGCUACACCUCAGACCGGGAGAGGCAGCUGUUCAGCAUAGACGCCAGUACUGGGGAAGUGCGAGUGAGUGGGGCGCUGGAUUAUGAGGAGGCCUCUUCCUACCAGAUCUAUGUGCAAGCGACUGAUCGGGGUCCAGUGCCCAUGGCAGGUCACUGCAAGGUGCAGGUGGACAUUAUGGAUGUAAAUGACAAUGCACCAGAGGUGGUGCUCACCGACUUAUAUAGCCCAGUGCCUGAGGAUGCUUCCCCCAACACCGUUGUGGCUCUUCUCAGUGUCAAUGACCAAGACUCAGGUCUCAACAGGAAAGUGAGCCUGAGUCUGGAGGCCACACUGCCCUUCCGGCUGAAUGGCUAUGGAAACUCCUAUACACUGGUGGUGAGUGGCCCACUGGACCGUGAAAAGGUGGCUGCCUACAACAUCACAGUGACAGCUACUGAUGGGGGAAUACCACAGCUCACAUCCCAGAGGACGCUGCAGGUUAAGAUCUCUGACAUCAAUGAUAAUCCUCCAAGCUUCCUGGAGGACUCCUAUUCCAUCUACAUCCAGGAGAACAAUUUGCCAGGGGUGUUGCUCUGCACUGUGCAAGCCACAGACCCAGAUGAAAAGGAGAAUGCAGAGGUGACUUACUCCCUCCUAGAGAGGGAGAUUCAAGGGCUGCCAGUCACCUCCUAUGUCUCCAUUAACAGUGCCAGUGGCAGCCUUUAUGCUGUCAAUUCCUUUGACUAUGAGAAGUUUCGGGAGUUCUUCAUUACUGUGGAAGCCCAAGAUAAAGGAACGCCACCACUGAGCAGCACUGUGACCGCCAACAUGUAUGUGGUGGACAUGAAUGACCAUUCCCCUCAUAUUCUGUAUCCUACCUCAACCAAUUCAUCAGCAGCCAUUGAGAUGGUGCCUCGAACUGCCCCUGCUGGCUAUCUGGUCACCAAAGUCAUAGCCAUGGAUUCAGACUCUGGGCAAAAUGCUUGGCUCUUUUACCAUCUAGCCCAGACUUCUGACUUGGACCUCUUUAAAGUAGAGCUGCACACAGGAGAAAUUAGGACUACCAGAAAGAUAGGAGAUGAGAGUGGUACCACUUUUAAUCUGACUGUGGUGGUCCGUGACAAUGGAGAGCCACCACUUUCAGCCUCUGUGGCCAUUACAAUAGCUGUGGUGGACAGGGUUUCUAAAAUCCUCCCUGAUACUCACAGACAUGUUAAGAGCCCUCGGACAUACUCUGAAAUCACACUUUAUCUGAUAAUAGCAUUAAGCACAGUGUCUUUUAUAUUUCUUUUGACAAUCAUUGUUUUGAGCAUCAUCAAGUGCUACCGCUACACUGCAUAUGGCACUGCAUGCUGUGGAGGCUUCUGUGGAGUGAGGGAGAGAUCCCCUGCAGAACUGUACAAACAGGCCAACAACAACAUUGAUGCCAGGUUACCACCUGGCCUCAAAGUGCAGCCUCACUUCAUUGAGGUUCGAGGGAAUGGCUCCCUCACCAAGACCUACUGCUACAAGGCCUGUCUGACAGCAGGCUCAGGGAGUGAUACUUUCAUGUUUUACAACACAGGGGCCCAGGCAGGAUCAGGACCUGGGGGAGCCCAAGCAGCAGUGGCGGACAACAGGCAACUCACAGGUCAAAGUGGGCAGAGUGCUGGAAACCUGAUUAUUCUCAAAAACGAAGCUGUUUCUCAAAAUGAGCCGCGACAACCCAACCCUGACUGGCGUUACUCUGCCUCCCUGAGAGCAGGCAUGCACAGUUCUGUGCACCUGGAGGAGGCUGGCAUCCUACGGGCCGGUCCGGGAGGGCCUGAUCAGCAGUGGCCAACUGUAUCCAGUGCAACACCAGAACCAGAGGCAGGAGAGGUGUCCCCUCCAGUAGGUGCUGGUGUCAACAGCAACAGCUGGACCUUUAAGUACGGACCAGGCAACCCCAAACAAUCCGGUCCCGGUGAGUUGCCAGACAAAUUCAUUAUCCCAGGAUCUCCUGCAAUCAUCUCCAUCCGGCAGGAACCUGCUAACAGCCAAAUUGACAAAAGUGACUUCAUAACCUUCGGCAAAAAGGAGGAGACCAAGAAAAAGAAGAAAAAGAAGAAGGGUAACAAGACCCAGGAGAAAAAGGAGAAAGGGAACAGCACGACUGACAACAGUGACCAGUGAGGUCAUCAAAUAGAAACAAGCCACUUAGCCAGUUUUUGUAAUAAUGGCAAAUCUCUCCCAUGUAGCAACUCCCUGCUCCUUUCUCCUGUCGACAUGAGUCCUAUUAGAGACCUCAGAAAUCUGCAGAAAGUUCCCUGUGUCUGUCUAGAUCGCAUUUAACAGAUUUUGUCUUAAAAGCUUUCCUAAGUCUGGUGUUAACUCUUUCUCUCCACUCUGGCUUGUUUUCAGAACCUAAAAAGCAGACCCAAGUUUCCUUUCUCCUCCGUCGCAAAGGAGAGGCUUCCCAGCCCCGCCAGUGAGAGGUUGGACUCUCUGCCCUGUGCUCCGGGGAUCCUGUCUUGAUGACAUUUGUGGGGCAGGCUGAAAGGUUUUGAGAUUGAGCAGCUUGGGUGUUUGUGGCCACUGGGUAUGUGUGGCCACCGCCGAUACUCAAGUGUCAGAUACUGGCUGAUAUGGGCCACAUUAGACUAGUCCACAAGAAAGGCGGGGAAACGGGCAAUAGACGGGAGUUAUCAACCAGGAGGGGAAAUGUGAGACUAAAGAGACCAGACUUUCUAAAUUUUACAAUUCAAGAAGUGGUGGCCACCCUCGAGCAAAUAAAACUACCCUUUCUGACAAGGCUUUAGGAAUGUCUAAAGUCUGUUGGCUGUGGUGUCAUUUUACCUAAAAUUUGCAUUGAAAGUACAAGCCAACAGUUCAGUGUUUAAGAGAAGGCCAGCCAGGGCAACAGAAGCAGAUCUGAUGUGUUUCCUGUUUGUGUCCUUGUGCUCACUUUAUUAAUGAUUCUUUUGCACACAAUGUUAUGAAAAGGCCAGAUCCUUUUCCAAUAGUACAUAUGCAAAAGCAAAAGAAGAAAGAAAACCCCAACACCUCACUUUAUGCUGUUUGUUGUUUGAUAGAUUUAUUUAAAAAGAAAGUCUAUAGCUAUAAAUCUUUAAAGAAAAAUAUGAUGAAUUCCCCUAAACUCCCCUCAAAAGAGAACCCAGUCUACAGCCAUUUAAAUGAUCAUUGCUGCUACAGAAGUGCUUUAAGAGAAUUGCCUGAAACAUCUGUAUUAUACCAGCCACCUGCCAAUCACAGCUUUACUCUUUCAGGUCACUCUGGGGCUGCCUCUUGCAUGUAUUAAAUAAAUAGAAGGAUCUUUCUCUCUCUUUUCUAAGAAAAAUGAUGUGCACUUUGAAUACACAACUUGUCUAACCAACUCUAUCAAGACCCAGAAAUUGAAGAAAAAUAUUGUUUUCUCAUACAUACAGUGAGCAGACUUUUUAGUCUUCUAAUUCUGUGACUUGUCUUGGUGUGCUAGCCGACACCUUCUCUGGUUUAGUUUUCCUUUUCUAUAACACUCUGAAUUGCUAAUAUUACUAACACCUAUGAUGUUACCUGAAAUCAAUCUCCCAUAUGUAUGCUGUAUGCUAUUAUAAGACUCCUGAAAUAUACUUACUCUGUGCUUGUGUAUGUGAAUGUUAAUGCAAUUAUUACCUAGAGUGAAUUUUAAGCUUUAUCGUUGAAUGUAAUUCCAUUAUAUUUCCUUUUGUACACCUGUGAAAAAGUGAAAUAGUGUUUUUUUAACCAUUGUUAAUCAGCUUUUGUGUAUGAAAGACACAGUAAAAUUUCUUUCUUAAAUCAAGAUACUGGUGAUUCAAGGAAUUUUAUUUAUGGUCAGUCAACAGCUGUCUCUUGCCAAGACUCCUGCUGGCAAGGGAAUGAAUAAGGCUGUUUUUUUCUAGUAACAAUUCUGGAAGGAAUAAUGAAGGUAUUUCCUGAGGGUGUACAAGCACAAAUUUUACCAAUCUGACCUCUUGGAAGUGGCAGAAUGCUUUGAAAUUGGAAUGCUAUCUGGAAAAUCAGGUCAUAGAAAAUAAUAAAAUUUACUGUCAUCUUAAAUAAGAUUUUUAAUUUUGUUAUGUAUAGCUUAGAAGUUUGAUUGAUUAUAUUAUCUAUUUAAAAGAAUAUAAAAGGGGUAGGAGUCUGUUAUUUAAAAACAUUAAAUCUAAAAAAAAAACUGUCUUGUCUACUUUUAGCUUCAUUCUCCCAUAUUUUGAAGGGUGUGUAACUUCAGCUCUGCAGGAUUGCAUGGGGUAAAACUUGUUGCCAACACAUGUGAACCAUUGCUACAUUGUAGGUUGUGAUCAUUUUGCCCCACUGAAGCCCAUGUAACUGACCUUACGUGCCUUUUGAACUAGGAGAAUCGGGCUAAUUUAUUAAUGAUGAUAAUUAUAAUGUAUCUGUACAGCACUUUUUAAAUUUGCGAAGUGCUUUCCAAUCCAUGUUAGUUACUAGUUAUUACAGCUGUAAGGAUAAAACACGUCAUGUAGAUUUAUUUUUAAUUGGUGCUAUUGGUAUUUCCUCUGUUAUUGCUAAUAAAUGGAAAUUGGUGGUAUGAAAGAAA